CUGAUAUAUCGACGAGGAUACUUCUGCGUUCUUGUUCAUUGUCCGCGGCUGAGGAGCAACCGGUGACACCCCAAUGACACAUCACAAUGUGGAAAGCGGUCGGAAUAUUUCUGAGAACUUCUCAAUUCCAGCCAGCUCAGCUCGCCAAAUCUUGGUUAUGUCGUUCCUCGUUCUUGUGGGGACAGCUUCGUGUACUCUGACGGAGCAAGGCAUGAAUCUCUCGGUCUCGGCUAUGAGAAUGUCGACUGCGCGUAUGCUGGGCGCCAUCAGAACAAUAACUCGGCGUAAUCGAGGCCUUCAUCUAUCGGAUGCUGGCAACGACGACGGACCAUCCAGAUCCUGACCCCAGUUGUUGAGCUAGCCUGUCCAAAAAAGGCGAGUGACCAAGCCCACAAAGAGGCUCUGGAGCAGCACAUGUGGAAGAACACAUGCCCCACGUUUGAAGACUCCCCACCGAUUCACGAGUUCGGUCGAACUGAGCAAAUGGGAAGAGCAGCAGACGAGUGAAAUGUAGCAAAGCAGGAUCAAGAACGAGCUCUAUCGCUCGUGUACCAAACCGAUCUAGAUGUCAGUGCAUAUGAUGCACCUUGAGCGGAGACUCGAUGAUGAAAAAAUCGAGCCAAUGGAAGUAACGAUCUUGU